AAGAGCAUUUUUAUACAAAGUUUCGUCUCCCUGGCGUAAUAGGAUGUGUUGAUGGAACGCACAUAGCAAUAAGAACUCCAAGUGCUGAAGAACGCCCACAUUUCUACAACAGGAAGGGUUUUUAUAGUUUAAACACAAUGGUGGUAUGUGAUCACAAAAUGCGAAUUAGGAGCAUAGACCCGAGAUAUCCUGGAUCAUGUCAUGACUCACUCAUUUGGAGAUCAAGUGACAUAAGGUCAUAUUUACAAGCCCAAUAUAAUAACGGAGAGCACAAUACUUGGUUAUUAGGAGAUGCCGGUUACCCAUUAGAGCCGUUUUUGAUAACUCCAUAUAGAAGCGCAGGAGAAGGUACACACCAAAGUACAUUCAAUAAGUGCCAUUCAAGGGCUCGAAACGUUGUUGAGAGAACUAUUGGUGUGAUGAAAAAUCGUUUCCGUUGCCUUUUGAGCUCUCAGCGAUUAAUGUACGAUUUUAAUAAGGCGAAAUCGAUUAUAAAUAUAUGUGCAGCUUUGCACAAUAUUUGUAUACAUUUAGGAGAAGUUGCACAGGAGACGACCAUAAAUGAAGAUAGUGAAGAAACAAGUAUAGACACGACGUCACUGCCACCUGAGGAUUUAACAGCUGCAAACAUUAGAAAUUCACUAAUGAACACUCUGAUUAAUUAA